CCACUCUUCUUUUUUUUUCUUCUAACUCAUGAUUUACCAAAAAAAAAAAAAAACGCGGGAAGAUAAAUUAGAGAAUCGUCUGCGCCGCUAGAAUCUGUGCACUUUUGGAGAUAGCGUAACAAUCAAAAGAUUUACGUUCUUGUUUGUUUCGUUAAAAAGUCAUUCUAAUAACACUUUUUUAUAUUUUUUUAAAAUCAAGACUUCUGGAAUUGUGUUCUUCAAAUGAUUAUAAAAUCUAGACUAAACAAAUUUUGCAAUAUUUUCGUUUAUAAAUUGAGUGAAUUUUUAAUAAAUUAUUUAAAGCACUUGCCAGAUUUUUUAAUAAUUGGAAAGUGAAUUUAAAAAAAAAAUUCGGCGGAUGUAAACAGUGAAAUCCUGUCGACUUUAUUAUAGAAACAGAUUUAGAUUUAUCACUACAAACUGUGUUGUAGCCUAGAGUUGUGUUGAAAUAAGUUUUAGAAACGCAGCAGACUUUAACUAUGACCGGCUCCAGCAAGGGUGAACAAAGAAUCGCCACUAGUUUACUAUGGACGAUUGUACUAGUAGUGCAUAUCUUCUGCAGCUUAUCGUCUGCUUCACGGAAGGAAGGUCAAGAGCAGGAUGUGUGGCGACGUCAGACUCUUGAAGAAUUGCGUCACGCACUGUCUGUUGCCAGGUUGCAGAACAAAAAUCUGGCCAGGAAUAUCAUCUUAUUUAUUGGAGAUGGCAUGGGUAUAUCCACAGUCACAGCAUCCAGAAUCAGGGCAGGACAACUGCGUGACGAACCAGGAGAAGAGAAUCUACUUUACUUCGAACGAUUUCCACAUGUCGGACUUAUCAAGACGUACAGUGCUGACUCACAAGUGACAUGUUCAGCAGCUGCUGGCAGUGCCAUACUGACAGGUGUCAAAAUCAACUCUGGCGUAAUCGGCUGUGACAGCAGGGUGGAGAAAGGCAACUGUAGCCAGUACAACGAGCGGACGCGUUUGAAGACUAUUUUACAUCAGUUCGUCCAGGAGGGUCUGUCGACUGGUAUUGUCACCACCUCCAGGGUGACCCACGCCACACCAGCGGCGGCGUACGCCAGCACCCCUCAGAGGGAGUGGGAGGGCGACGUGAACAUGCUGAGCGACGAGGACGCCCAAAACUGCAGUCACGUGGACGACCUCGCCAAGCAGCUCAUACGUAACAACAGUGACAUCAAGGUGAUACUUGGAGGAGGCCGACGUUACUUCUUGGACAACUCAACAGAAGACCCGGAAACACAUAUAGUUAGCCCCUACCACAGACAAGACGGCAAUAAUCUGAUCGAGGAAUGGAAGGAGGACAAGGAAGCCCGCAAUGCCACCUACAGUUACGUCUGGACCAGAGACCAGUUAAUGAAUCUGAGUUCUGACACUGAGUUUUUAUUAGGUUUGUUCAAUCCGAGCCAUAUGGACUUUGAUCGUGUAGCAAACAAUGAACCCUCCCUAGCAGAAAUGACGGAGAAAGCGAUUGAAAUUCUGAGAAAAGAUCAAGAAGGAUAUUUCUUACUAGUUGAAGGUGCUCGAAUUGACUUUGGCCACCAUAGCAACUCCGCCUACACCGCCAUCACUGAGACACUGGACUUCAACGAGGCAGUAGAAGUGGCCGCACGACUGACCGACCCUGAAGACACACUCAUCAUAGUGACCGCUGACCAUAGCCACGCCUUCAACAUCCAGGGCUACUCCUCAAAAGGAAAUGAUAUUUUAGGUUUCGCCGAUCCAGGGCCGUAUUCGGGUCCACUUGAUGACUUACCGUACACAACAUUAGCCUACACCAAUGGGCCAGUGUAUGGUCGAGUGGACUUGACAAACAGGGAUACAGCGUCUCCCAACUUCCGUCAGGCGGGCUGCAUCCCAUUUAGCGCCGAGACUCACGCUGGGGAAGAUGUCGCAGUCUACGCCAUGGGGCCCAUGGCGCAUCUGUUCCACGCCACCCACGAGCAGCACUACAUCUACCAGGUGAUGGAGUAUGGCGCCUGCGUUGGGCGCAGCAAGAGAUAUUGCACAAACAGUAAGUCCCACAACCGAAAGAAAAUCAAGGGAUGAACGGACCUCUCCCAAAAAAAAAAUUUAAAAAAAAAUUGAAUGACGUCACCAACAAAAUCCAUUGUAACAAUGUUAAGACAUUGGCAAAAACAUUCUUCCAUGUUGUCUAUUUAUACUCUGUUAUAGAUUUGUUAUGAAUAAAAAUCAGUUUUGCAAUUC